CCCUCCCUUUUGUUCUCUUCCACGUUUUUCCCAAUUAACCAAACAAAUGGAUAAUUAAUUCAUUAUCUAGUUUCGAUUCCGAUUCCAAUUUCAUAUAUGGGAAUAAUAAUAUUCCCCUUUUCUUUCCUUUUAAAUUAAUUUUCCUUUCCCCCAAACAGAGAACAAUUUAAUUCAAUUUAAUUGUUAACUCGUCUUUUCACCUUCCAUUCUUCCUCGUGUCGUUGUUUAUCUACAAAUCUAAUCACCAACUUGUAUUCCCACAUUCCCAAUAAAUUUUUGUGUUCGUCAUCAGAAUCAGAUUCUCUUUUUCUUUUUUUCUUUUUUUGUCUUUUCAGUUUAGCACUUAAUUUCUCAACAAUGCCUAUUUAAUUCCACCACAAUGAGAAUUCCCAAGAAGAACGUUGCCUUUUGCUUAUCCCUCUUCUCCCCUAAAUUUCCCGCUCCUUUUUCUUCCCGUAUACUUCGAUUCUCCACUGGAUUUCCCGCCAAAAUUAGACCUAUCCACACUGCAGGGUUUAAUCAAUCGAACUCUCACUACUCAAAGGACGAUAGUGCUGGGACCAUUUUAGGUGAUAAAGCUUCACAAUCUCAUCUUAUGGCCAACAGCAACGGUGUUGAGGGACUGCAUGUAUGGUCAUCUCCUGAAGGAGGAUGUAAAAUUGAUAUAGGAAAGCAAAUUUUCUGCAACAGGUCACUGAAUAUGAAGAAUAUUCUUGCUGUUGGCUUUGAUAUGGAUUAUACCUUAGCACAAUAUAAACCUGAGACUUUUGAGUCCCUUGCGUAUGAAGGCACAAUCAGAAAAUUGGUGUAUGAUUUGGGCUAUCCUCCAGAGUUACUAGAGUGGACUUUUGAUCCGAAGUACAUGGUUAGAGGCUUGGUUCUAGACAAAAAGAGAGGAAAUAUCUUAAAGAUGGAUCGACAUAAGUAUGUUAAAGUAGCAUACCAUGGGUUCAGAGAGUUGUCAAAGGAAGAUAAAGUUGGAACCUAUGGGAAUACGCUCAUUCGGGAUUCUUUUGAUGAGCCAGAUUAUGCCCUCAUUGAUACACUCUUUUCACUAGCUGAAGCUUACUUGUUUGCUCAACUUGUUGACUAUAAGGACAAUAAUCCUGGAAAAGUUCCUGAGGGUGCUGAUUACUCCCACAUGUACAAAGAUGUUCGUGCUGCUGUUGAUUUGUGCCACAGGGAUGGAACCUUAAAGCAGAUGGUUGCAAAGGAUCCUAAAAGGUAUAUCAAUGAAGAUACCUCUAUAGUACCAAUGUUCAAAAUGCUAAGGGCUUCUGGCCGUUCUACAUUCUUGGUGACAAAUAGUUUAUGGGACUACACAAAUAUUGUAAUGAACUUUCUCUGUGCAUCUCAUACGUUGGAUGGUAGUCUCAGUUGCAAUUUUGAUUGGCUCCAAUAUUUUGAUGUUGUCGUUACUGGCAGUGCAAAACCUGGAUUCUUUCAUGAAGAGAACCGUGCAAAUAUUUUUAAGGUUGAACCUGAGUCUGGAAUGCUUCUCAAUACUGACAAUGGAACUCCUAUGCCCCAGGUGGGAAGUACAUCGCCGGAAGUUCUAUUGAAGGGAUUAAACAAGAGUUGCCGAGUCUUCCAGGGUGGCAAUGUUGCUCAUCUUCAUAAGUUGCUUUCUAUAGAGUCAAGUUCACAGGUGCUUUAUGUUGGUGACCAUAUCUAUGGAGAUAUUUUGCGGAGCAAGAAGGUUCUUGGAUGGAGAACAAUGCUUGUUGUUCCAGAGCUUGAGAGGGAGGUCAAAUUGCUUUGGGAAUUAAGAGAUAUGCGAAAGCAACUAAGGUUGUUGAGGGACGAGCGUGAUCUUGUCGAAGAUCAAAUUCAUCAUUUGAAAUGGUCUCUUAAAUUUGAAAGUUUUCGUGAUGAUGAAAAACAGAAAAUGAUUUCUGCUUUGGGUGAACUGGAGUCUCAAAGGGAUCAAGCACGACUUGCUCAUCAACAAGCUCAACGGGAGUGUCAUCAAAAGUUCCAUAAGAUCUGGGGACAACUCAUGAAGACUGGCUAUCAAAAUUCUCGCUUUGCCCAUCAGGUCGAAAGAUUUGCUUGUCUAUACACUAGCCAAGUCUCCAACUUAAGCUUGUAUUCCCCGGAUAAGUAUUAUAGACCAAGUGAAGAUUUCAUGCCCCAUGAAUUUCAUAUUCUUCCCCUUUGAAAAAAAAAAAGCAAAACCCCAAAAAACCCAUAUUUGGAGGCUUAAAAACAUAGCCUCAACAUCUUCAUUUUAUGUUCUUGUCCAUGCAAUCAUGGCUUUCUUUACUGUAUUUAAUUUACUCAUUUAAAUUCUCACUUGAUUGAAAAAGAUACAUAUAUGCUUUUGUACUUUUUGUCUUGAUCCUUGAUUUUGCACCCUAUUAUAUGUUCAGAUAUGCAAGAGAAUUUGUCAAUUAA